AUGGGAAGGGCGCGACCUGACAAUAGGUUCAACAGGUUGACUCUGAAAGUUCUGGCUCCUAUCUCGAUUUUCACUCACCACGAAAGCUUCUGCUCAUUUUGGUCAGAACGAGUGCUGGCACCUGGAACCUCGACUUCUAGCACUGCAACGCCAUUCGCGGGCAUGAACCACGUCGACGCGCAUCUUCAUGACAACUUGGGAUCAUUGUCCUCCAGCGUUUGUUUCCAUUCAAGUCGCAAUUUCACCUUCUUAUUCCAACCAGAAGCACGUUCGCAACCGGGGUCUUCGAUUUCAUAUAUAGGGGCUGGCGCCGCACAAUUUGUAACAUGCGAUCACGUCAUACGUCAUCCCUCACAAAGUCAAUGCACGCCGUAG